AUGUGGCUUCAAACAAAAAGCGGCGAAAAAAUGAAUGAAUUUGGCCAACUGAGAAGGCCACGUGGAUCCUGACAAUGUACAAAUAGAUUUCCAGAUAGCAAUAACACGACAAUGGCCAACCAAAGCAAAGCCGUUUGGAUGCUAUCUGCUAAGGGUUAUCACCUGAAGUGCAAUGUGGAUCCCUACAAGCCUUUGGUCAACCAACUCAAAAACCAAUACUCCGAAGCAUUUGGCGUUUCCCCUGGAUCCCUGAUCCUGCGUUUCGAUGGUGAAGAAAUGGAGGAGCAGGACACAUUCGACUCACUGGACAUGGUGGAACAUGACAUCAUAGACGUUCUGGAGUUCACUUGGAAUUGACCGAGAACCCUUAAAAAUAUGUUUAUUCAUUGUUGAAUCAAGCAAUUGCGGGCAAAGUCAAUGAACUUGGAGAGGGCGGAGUUGCAAGCGAGAAAAUUGUAUAAAGAACUGCAAUUGAAAUUUUAAAACAAAUGAAAUGUAUAAAAGAAUUAUUGGAACAUUGAGAGAAAAUGUUUUGUAUUUUCAUUUAAUUUAUAUUAAUAUUUUUACAACAACCCUAA